UUUUUAGCGUAUUUGUUGCCCAGCGUUUUGGGGGGACGACACAUUGAUAAUUAAUCUGACGACUCGGAACGAUUCAAAACAUGCAACGCGGUUUGCUAGUUUUGACUCGGAGUCUUCGCGAGCCUCGAUUUCCAACGUCAGCGACUCAGCGUGCAAUUUGGCUUCUGCCCUUCUCAUGUUGGUCGGUAUAAUUUGAAGGCUACUUCAAUUCUGAUCGUGGAUUAGGGCUUUCUUGUUCUUGCAAAAUAAGGGGUUUUGGGUCUGAAAAUCGGAUUUUUGGGGGUGUCAGAAUGGAGAAGAGCGAUUCAUUCAAGUAUUAUUAUCCAUCGGAGAAAGAGUCCCAGAAUUCAUGGAACACGGGUUUCGGUCUCAGCGUGAGCGAUCGGAGAUUGGCGUUUUCGCGCCAAGCUUCAUUUGACCAAGCGCGGGAGCCUCACACGCCUGUUUCGAUCAAUCUGAACGACCCGGCAAAGCCUCUGCUUGCUCGGAGCGUUUCGAACAUAGACAUUCCGACUGGGCUCUUCUACUCUUUAGAUGAAAGCAACAAGUAUUCUGGUGAAGGAAACGGAUCAGCCCAGAAAUUCUCGUUUAUGUUGUUUGUAUUUUCUAUUUUGCGAAUCAUGAGGUCCGGAAAUAGGUACAUGAAGAGAUUGUUCGUGAUGAUUUCGCUUAACGUGGCGUAUUCAACCACAGAGUUAGUUAUCGGGCUGUUUACGGGCCGUGUAGGUUUAGUCUCUGACGCCUUUCAUUUAACAUUUGGCUGUGGUCUAUUGACAUUUUCAUUGUUUGCAAUGGCUGCCUCAAGAAAACAGCCUGAUAGAGUUUACACUUAUGGGUACAAGAGGCUAGAAGCCUUGUCUGCUUUCACAAAUGCUCUGUUUCUUUUGUUUAUGUCAUUCUCCUUAGCUGUGGAAGGACUUCAUGCUUUCAUCCAAGAUGAGUCUGAGCACAAGCAUUACUUGAUUGUUUCGGCGGUGACAAAUUUAUUGGUGAAUCUUAUUGGUGUUUGGUUCUUCCGGAAUUAUGCUCGCAUAAACCUUGUGUACAGAAACGCAGAAGAUAUGAACUACCAUUCAGUUUGCCUUCAUGUUCUUGCAGAUUCCAUUCGCAGCGCUGGCUUGAUAUUGGCAUCUUGGCUUUUGUCCCUCGGGGUUCAGAAUGCAGAAGUAUUGUGUUUGGGACUAGUUUCAGUUGCUGUCUUUAUGCUUGUCAUGCCACUUUUUAAAGCGACUGGAGGCAUCUUGCUUCAAAUGGCACCCCCUCGAAUUCCAACUUCAGCAUUGAGUAAAUGCUGGAGACAGAUAAAUGCCCGUGAAGAUGUACUGGAAAUUGCUCAAGCACGUUUUUGGGAAUUUGUCCCUGGUCAUGUUGUUGGCUCUGUCUCAAUACAGGUGAAAAAAGGGAUGGAUGAUCGCACCACACUCCAAUUUGUGCAUGGUUUGUACCAUGAUCUAGGCGUACAGAACUUGACAGUGCAAACUGAUGACGUCUGAGCUUUUGGAUGUUCUUGUUUUUGGUUUAUAAGUGAGAAUGAUUGCAGAUCGAAGUUCAUCAUUCAGAUAUUUUCUUGUGUUAUUUAUGACACAGGAUGUGUUGCCAUUAGAAGAGCAGUGUAAAUCACGAGUGUUGUGGGAUGACUACUUUUUGUGAUGAGUAAUGCUACAUACAGUUGUGUAGUGUGCAAAUGUCGUGCAGUCAUUUUGAAAAAAAAAAUAUGGUCUAUUAUUAAAAAAUUAAUUUUUUUUAUAUAGAUCUUUUAAUUUUUUUUUUCAAAGUGAUGCGUAGCACUUGCUUAUUCAUGGUUAUAACUAUCAUUUUUCUUUUGUGAUAUUGGUUCAUUUCAAUUAUUGGGAGAGUCGAGACACGUUUCUCUGCA